CUGCCGACGCUUCCUCCAUAGACAAGCGAGCGGCUCGCCGACUAAGAGGUGCUUGAGCUGUAGCCGUAGCCUUAUCUGCUGCGGUCGCCGUCUCCCUCACCCUGUGAGGACGGGAGCUCGGUGCCUGGCCGGGGGCUGCUAUGGUGCUGAGUUCUCCGGUAGAACCGACCGAGGAGAGGCGGUUGCGGCCAUGAAGGCGGGUGCCACAUCUAUGUGGGCUUCGUGCUGUGGGUUGCUGAAUGAAGUCAUGGGGACUGGAGCAGUAAGAGGCCAACAGUCUGGAUUUGGGGGAGGUACCGGCCCGUUCAGAUUUGCACCAAACACUGACUUUUCCACAUAUCCACCAGCAGCUACAGGAGGAGCUAAUAUAGUUUGCAAAGCCUGUGGACUUUCAUUUUCAGUUUUUAGAAAAAAGCAUGUAUGUUGUGACUGCAAGAAGGAUUUUUGUUCUGUCUGUUCAGUCAUACAAGAAAAUUUCCGAAGAUGUUGUACUUGUCAUUUGUUACAAGAAACUUCCUUUCAGCGCCCUCAGUUAAUGCGACUGAAAGUCAAAGAUCUGAGGCAGUAUCUCAUUCUUCGAAAUAUACCAAUAGACACUUGCCGAGAGAAAGCAGACUUGGUUGAUCUUGUAUUGUGCCAUCAUGGAUUGGGCUCUGAGGAAGACAUGGACACGCACAGCCUGAAUUCUUCAAGAUCACAGACUUCUGGCUUUUUUACACAUCCAUUUUUUUCAACGUACCCAGUCCCUUCUUCAACAGUGUCUCCAACGCAGGGAGACCUCACAAGCCAAAGAGGAAACUCUGGCCCUGCAGCACUUUCACAGGGACAAGGUGAAACGCCUUCAACACACACAGAAGAUGAUGAAGAAAAUGCUGAAGAGACCCCUGGACUCUCUAGAAAGCGGAUGAGAGCUUCAUUAUCGGAUCUGUCAAGUCUUGAAGAUGUUGAAGGGAUGAGUGUCCGACAAUUGAAGGAAAUCCUUGCUCGGAAUUUUGUCAACUAUUCUGGCUGUUGUGAAAAGUGGGAGCUGGUAGAGAGAGUAAAUAGACUAUACAAAGAAAAUGAAGAAAAUCAAAAAUCAUAUGGAGAUAAGAUGCAGCUCAAUGGAGAAGACGACAACCUCUGUCGGAUCUGCAUGGAUGCAGUCAUUGAUUGUGUUCUUCUGGAGUGUGGCCACAUGGUCACUUGCACCAAAUGUGGCAAGCGAAUGAGCGAGUGUCCCAUCUGCCGGCAGUACGUGGUUCGAGCUGUGCAUGUGUUUAAAUCAUAGAAAAUCUCCUAUUUGGCCCCACAAUUUUUAUUUCAAAGGCAUUUCAAUAAGCAGACAGGAUUUGAAACCAUUGCUGUUCAAAGGCUGGACUUUUUUGUUUUUAAAAGUUGUGGGUUUUUUUUUUUUUUUGUUCAUUAUGAAUUGUGGAAAGAAGAGUUCAUCUUGCUCAAGUUUGAUGUGGAAAUAUUUUCUCUAUAUGACAUUUCCUUUGGCAAUCUGGGAGGGAGUUUGAGUGGGUAGAAGGUUCCCAGGAUCCUUUCCCUUGACAAGAGCGUCCAGAUUUGUUAAAGGAGUCGAACUGUUUCAGCUUGCCUGUUGCUCGCUCUCAAGAGUCCUGCUCCUCCUCUUUCAUUUGCCUCGACAUGAUUUUUUUCAUUUUUACUUAACUGCUGCCCCCCUUCAAACAAGAUCAGUGUAAGUGGAGGACAUAGUAUAUAUACUCCAAGCAGUGGUCAAAGAUUAUUUACCCUUUUAGUGUUUAAAAUGCUAAUUGAUUUAAGUUUCCACAUUGUUGCUCUUCUAGUGUUUAAAUUCAGUAUAAUUGGAGACAAAUGAGUCUACAUAGAAGAAAACUGAACUGCCAGCGCCUUAGAAUAAACAUGUCAAUUUAUGUUCUGAUUAAGCAUUUCUUACUAAUUGGUACAUCAAGAGUAUUUGUCAUUACACAAGUUUGUAUGUUAAGGUUUUGUUUUUUUAAGCCUGUAACAACAUUUCACAUUCUUGUAUAGUGAAGGUGUUUUUUGUUUUGUUUUCCCCUCAGUGCUAUCCUGCUAAUUCAUUUCAUUUCAAGUUUAGGAAUAAAUUACAAAUUUUAAACAAAAAACAAA